AUGCUUCAAGCUAGAGAUGACACAGCUGGAGGAGGAGAUAACAACGACAGUGGAGGGGCUCCUGAUGCAAAGAAAAACAAUGGCGGCAAAGCAGAUGGAAAAGCCAAUGAUGCCAAGAAGAACAACGGCAAAGCAGAUGGAAAGGCCAACGAUGCCAAGAAGAACAACGGCAAAGCAGAUGGAAAGGCCAAUGAUGCCAAGAAGAACAACGGCAAAGCAGAUGGAAAGGCCAACGAUGCCAAGAAGAACAACGGCAAAGCAGAUGGAAAAGCCAACGAUGCCAAGAAGAAAAACGCCAAAGCGGAUGGAAAGGCUACCGAUGGUAACAACAACGGGACGGCAGUCGACGAUGGGAAAUCAAAGAAAAACGACGGUAAGAAGGGGAAGAAGGAUGGCGACGGUGGCAAGAAGGACGAUUCGUCUUCUGGCCCUGCUGCCGCAGCUGCUGCGGCGGCUUGA